AUGAAUGCAGCAGUUGGGGCUUUGCUUGCUCAAGACGACCAUGGCGGGGAAGAAAGUCCUAUUUAUUAUGUAAGUGGACAGUUGAGGGGAGCUAAAACGAGAUACUUGAAGACCGAGCUCUUGUGCCUUGCCUUUGUCUAUGUUGCAAAACGUCUGCGACAUUACUUCCUUUCUCACAAGUUACAGUUCAUAGUAAAGUUCGACCUCGUAAGAUACUUGCUCACAAGGCCGGUGCUAUCCGGACACCUCGCACGCUAG